AUGUGGCGCUUCCUCGGGCUCGAGGGCGCCAGUCAGGACGGCACCGGCCGCAUGGUCUCCCUCGGCGGCCGGCAGCUCCGGCUGCAGCGCGUGAUGGCCGAGGGCGGCCACGCCACCAUCUACGAGGCGCGGGAGCGGACACGGGUUCGGGCGGAUUGGUUUGACGCGAUCCACGCAGGCGUGUUUUCUGACGGCCGGCCGUCAGUGCACGGAGGAAAGGCGGUGUAA